UUCCUCAAAAAUCCCCAAACACAGAUACUGCUCUGUUUUCCCUUUUCUGUUUCACUGUUGUUUUCCUUUCUAUUUUUGCUUCAUUUUAAAAAUCAUCACAUCAAAACCUCAGUCGAGGAGAAGUCUUAACACCGAUCUGAAAUAUCCCACAAAUAUUCCCUAUUUAUCAUCACUCCCGUCGAAGCUUCACCAAUCAUUAGCUACCGCCGGCAAUUGCAGAUCGGAACCCUACAAAAUUCCAUUUCAUUCACUUUAAUAAGAAAACAUUAUGGGCAGCUUGAAGCUGAAAUUGAUUGCGCGGAUUUAGGGCGAAAUUAGGAAACCCCUCCCACCUGGGCUACCUUUUUGUCGGUGUUGUUUGAUAUAAGGUAGUUGGGAUUUCUGGGGUUUGGAUAGGAUGGCGUCCGAGCAGGCGGCUACGGAUGCCAUGUCGGAUUCGUACCGGGGGAUGUCGUCCGACAACAUAAAGGGCUUGGUUUUAGCACUCUCUUCGAGUUUCUUCAUCGGCGCCAGCUUCAUUGUCAAGAAGAAGGGGCUCAAGAAAGCCGGGGCAUCUGGCGUCAGAGCUGGUGUUGGAGGAUAUUCAUAUUUAUAUGAGCCGUUAUGGUGGACUGGCAUGAUAACGAUGAUUGUUGGAGAAAUUGCAAAUUUCGCAGCUUAUGCAUUUGCACCAGCCAUUCUGGUUACCCCCCUUGGUGCACUCAGCAUUAUUAUCAGCGCUGUACUUGCACAUGUUAUUUUGAGGGAGAGACUACACAUUUUUGGUAUUCUUGGUUGCGCUUUAUGUGUUGUGGGCUCCAUCACAAUUGUCCUACAUGCUCCACAAGAACGAGAGAUUGAAUCUGUGAAAGAAGUGUGGGACCUUGCUACUGAGCCAGCUUUUGUCUUCUAUGCAGCUCUGGUGAUAGCAGUUGUCGUCGUUCUAAUAUACCAUUAUGUACCUCAAUAUGGCCAAACACAUAUAUGGUUCUAUAUUGGUGUUUGUUCAUUAGUUGGUUCAUUGUCGGUAAUGAGUGUCAAAGCACUGGGAAUCGCUUUGAAGUUGACCUUAUCAGGAACAAAUCAGCUCAUAUAUCCACAGACAUGGGUUUUUGUGAUGAUCGUCCUAUCCUGUGUUCUCACUCAGAUGAAUUACCUAAAUAAGGCUCUGGACACAUUCAAUACUGCUGUUGUUUCGCCAAUUUACUAUGUCAUGUUCACAUCCUUAACUAUCGUGGCCAGCGUGAUCAUGUUCAAGGAUUGGGACAGACAGAAUCUGACUCAGAUUGUCACGGAAUUGUGUGGGUUCGUGACUAUUCUCUCCGGUACCUUUCUUCUCCACAAGACAAAAGACAUGGCUGAUGGUUGUUCGGUGUCAAGACUUCCAAAGCACGACAAUGAGGAUAGUUUUGGCGAAGAAGGUAUCCCUCUAAAGCGGCAGGAUACAUUGAGAGCAACAUGAUGUAUGCUCUCUCUUUUUUCCUCAUCUUUUUUAUUCGAUUUUGUAACUGCCUGUCAAGAGCGGAGAAGAUAUGAUCUUGUAUUUUUAUAGUAGACACUGGAUGGACCUGUCUCAUUGAUCUCAAUAUGCAUGCAUUGUUCUUCAACCCA